UUCUGAAUAGCUGCUUACGAUGAAAUAUAAAACCUAUUUGGUUUUUGCGCGUUAAUUCGUUCCAAAUUCAAAAAUCUUGACAGAAAAGUGUAUCGCGCAUAAUUGUUAAGUUCAAGAAUUAUGUGUGUGUUUUAACUAGUGCUAAGUGUUAAAACUUUGUGAUUAAUUUGAACAUUGUAAAAGUUGGGUGUAAAAACAGUUCAGAUUGUUUCCGAAGCGGUUUUUAAAUGGAAAUGCUUCCUCGAAGGUUGUGAGGCUGAGGAAUGGCACGUUUGGCAGCGGCAUGCCUCUUUACGGUGCAUUUUCUGUCAUUCAUAAUCGUGUGCCACCAAGAUAGCAGUAGCAACCGAUCACGUGAACAAAAUUCCGUUUCGGAGUCUUCGCGGAGAUUUAGAACGGAGUUCUUGGAAGACUGGCCGCAAACACCGGGGUCUCCAUACUUUGACCCCAGCACUCCAGACAAUGUAACCGGUCUAGUUGGACACCCGGUUACACUUCUAUGCAAAGUGAAGAACCUUCAAAAUCGUACUGUAUCAUGGGUGCGUCACCGAGACAUCCACCUGCUAACAGUGGGCCGUUACACGUACACAUCAGACCAGAGGUUUGAGGCGCAGCACAAGCAGCGAUCCGAGGAAUGGGCGCUUCGUAUCCGCAGCCCUCAACGUCGCGACUCCGGCCAAUAUGAGUGUCAAAUUUCUACCACACCACCCAUUGGGCACGCAGUCUACCUCAGUAUUGUUGAACCAGAAACCGAAAUAAUGGGUGGUUCUGACUUAUUCAUCUACGCGGGAUCAACUAUAAACCUUACGUGUAUCGUAAGGCAUACUCCCGAACCGCCUAACGCCAUCAACUGGAGCCAUAGAGGAAAGACUAUAAAUUUCGACUCAACGCGUGGUGGAAUAUCAUUGGUGACUGAAAAGGGGAUCCAUAGCAGUAGUAGGCUAUUGGUGCAGGCUGCGCGCACGUCAGAUGCAGGUGCAUAUGAAUGUGUACCGGAUAAUGCGCAAUCAGCAUCUGUGAGGGUGCAUGUACUUACUGGUGAAUCGCCCGCAGCUAUGCAAGGAAAAGCGCAUUGGAUUAAAUACAGACUGUCAUCAAUCUUACAACUGAUCGGUGCAUUGCAUUUGGUCAAAUGGUGUAUAUCAGUGAUAAGUAAUUAAUUGUAAAAACGUUAAUAAAUUUUACAUUUUACGUCAUAUUGUAAAGUAUGUAAUGUAAAUAAUUAAAACCCUGUAUUUAUGUGAUAUUGUGACUGUAAUGUCUAAAUAUAUUAUCUGUUAAUGGCCAUUAUAAUUUGAUAUAAAAAUACUGAAUAAAUAAUAUCUAAAUAGUAUAUAAAUCAGGAG